UUUAAAAAAUUAAUUUAGUUAUAUAAUCUGUAAUUUACCGCUAUAAUCCGUAAUGAAGAGGCUGUUCAUAAAUAGUUAAGAUAUAUUUUCAGUCGUAUUGUGACCUUCUGCAACUCUUGCAGCAAGCUGGAUGGCAAGGAUGGUUUUCCCACUGAUGCUGUGUGUCAGUUAAUGCAGUGGGUGCUUCAUGCAGUAGAUAGACCUGGCGAGUGCUCACUCUGUGGCAGGCGUCGCCAGGCUCCUGUAAUCAUCGUCAGGAACAUUGCUUCGUUGAAGUCGAGAGCAUUGUAAAUUUAACGUUGGCAGUGACAACAGACCAGUUGGUGGAGUUGCUUGGGUGCGGCGGCUGCCCGGCACCUGAGGCAGUGACCACCUGAGAGAGAUGGCGCCUCACUGCAAGUGUUCCUGCUCAAUACGGAUAGCUACCUUUGUUGUGACUUCCCUGGAGCUGGUCAUUCUCACCGCUGCCUUCUGUCUCCUGGUCGCUCUCAGCAAGUUGUCACGCUUGGAUUCCACCAUCGAUCAUGUGAUAUCGACGACAUCGGCCUUCGCCCUGAUCAAUAUAGGACUCUCCUGCAUUCUUAUCUAUGGCACCAAGAAAAAGUUGCUGAACAUAUUGCGAGGAUGGCUGUGGGUGCGUGUGACCCUCCUGGCUACCGUGGUCAUGAUGGUGAUCCUGGCACAGAGAACUGACGGAGUAGACCACGCUCACACCUACCCACCUGUAGUGGCCACUAUACUCAUACCUACUGCUUUGGCUGUCGCCAACGCAUUCGUAGUGCGGUAUUACAUUGUUGCACUCGAUGCCGAGGAAUCCCAGAUUCGAGGCCUAGAAAUGGAUACCCAGAACUACAGUCGCCUGAGGGACGAGAACAUUGCUUGACACUUACGCUCAACUAAAUUCCACCAAUUUGUUCUGGAAUUAAAUUAAGACAUGCAAACUUAUAAGUGUUUCCCAUAUGUUAGACUUAACAAUUUUGUAAAUAUUUGUUCCCUCUUGAAAGUCUUACAUUAGACUUAUUACAAUCACACAUAGACCAUAUUGUACAACUUACUAAGAAUUUGUAAUAUUCCCGUUGUUAGGGCCAAUAAACCUUGGUAUACAUAAGUAUAUAUAUAUAUAGAAGUGUAUAUAUAUAUAUAUAUAUAUAUAUAUA